AUGGCGAGCUGGCUAGCUCUGAAUGUUGAACCAGACGAUGCAGUUGAAGAAGAAGUCGAUGACACCAAGGAGCUUCAGAUUGAGGAAGCUUUGAAGUUGUAUCACAAUGCCCUGAAACUUCACUCCCAAGGCCCAGAGUUCUACGAACGGGCGGCCGAAGCAUACGACGCGCUCCUCAAUUCGGAGAUAUUUAGAUACCCCGAAUCCAUCUCCGACUUUAAGCGGGCAGCUCUACCAGACGCACAGGUUGCUGAACCGAUCGAUGAACCUCCUACAGAUGGAGUUGUGGAAUAUAACGUGAGCGACUCGACAUCCAGCCUCUUUCAAACCCUUUACCUGUCCCGCAAGAACUACGGCAAAUUCCUACUCGACGUCCUACACGAAGCCCUCCGAGAGGCCCCCGAGAACGAAGAAGCAGCACAGGAGAUAUCUCGAAAGACAAUAGCAGCGACCAAAAGCGCACUUGCAUCAUUUGCCGAAGCUCUUGAGCGGGAUGACACUGAUCUCAAUCUAUGGAGGCAAAGCGCUCGACUCGGCAGUGCCCUACAAAGCUACAGGUUGAACCGGUUUUGCUUGGAAAGUGUGCUCGCGGAUGAUGACAAUCGACUGGAUGUACGACCCGAACAACUUGGCCUGGAGGAGGUAUUCUCGGAGGAGCGACUACGGAACACACUCAAGUCCCUGUUUGAUGGACUGUCUGCCUCCCAGGUCCCAGUCAAGAAACCCAACAAAGCUCUCGCCAAAUACCUUCAACGGCACAAAGACCUUUAUUCCUAUCUACCAACCUUACCGGACGACCUUCACUUUUUAGACCCUUCAAGAGGCCCUCUUUCUUUUUCAACUUAUUCCUUGGAGGUAACUCCGCCUGACGCGACUUGGGAAUCCAUUGGCACAUCAAUACUGAAAGCCUUCGAUAACGAGCAUAUGCCUUCAAUCCCCAGUCGUUCAAUUCGAGUCAUUCUGCCGGCUAGAGAUGCAACACCCGACAAUGAUGAAGAAAUGGAUGGUGUUGAGACUGUCCCUGAGACUGACGAUACCGAAGUCAAGCCUGAAAGCGGAGUUGUUAACAUGCUUGAAAAUGGCGAGCGGAGCACAAAGCUCGAGGACCCCCAGCCGGAUACAACCAAAGCCACAGCAGAACCAGGCGAGGAGCAGUCAUCUAUCGACCAAAGUGCAGAGAAACAGCUUAUGGAAUCUCUCGAAGGCGAAUCCACUCAGCCACCAGAACCACAAGAUGGCUCUGAAGACGAGAACAAUCCUGCAGUGGUCGACCCGAAAUCUCCGUCUGAAUCCCGAAAAAGAUCGUCUGCUUCGGCAGCCAACGAUGAUCAGCUGGAAGGCGGCAGAAUGAAAAGUCGACGAACUCGGGCUCGAGAAUCGAAUGCGGAUGGUUUGGUACAACCAGACGAAAUUGCAUUUGACCAAGAAAAGUAUUACGAAGAUCGGUUAGAGAUAUUUGUCAAUGCCGAUGAGUGGAUGUUCAACACUCUGAAUUCAUUGUUCUCCAAGUUUGGAAUGGAAUCGCUGGGUACAAUCGAGGGUAUCAAGACCAAAUUAGUAGCUGUGAAUGAGUCCGACGACGUGCCGGCUGAACCGGAGGCUCGAUUGCUGAAAGAUCUCCGCGAUAUCAUCAAAACCUGGAAUGAUGAAAAAUCUCGCCUUCUGCAGCAGAAGGAUGAAAUUUCACCACUUAAGGAUAUUCGUGGUACCAAUCGGUCUGGCCUCUCCGUUUUCCUUGAGCAUUCAAGGAAGGCUACCAGAAAACCCAUCCUCCAAGAGAUACCUGCUGGAGAAAAGGUUUACACUUUUUGUGACAUGAUGAACGAAUCCAUGUUGCAUCAACGCGAAGCCUUAUGUGAGUGGUUGAAAUGUCUGCUCAUGCCAGAAUUUGGAGAGAAACUCUCAGAAUGGUCCGUGAUGAAGUCUGCGUACGAAUCUUUCCAAUGGCCUGUGAAGCUGAAAGAGGCUGUCGUGGAAACCUUAAUACAAGAAGACAACUUUUUGUACUCGAAGAUGAGCGAUGUUGUUGCAAGACUCGAACGUCGCGUCUUUGAUUCUAGUGUGGAGGCUCCUUUCGAGUAUGAGUUAAGUGAUUACUCAGAGCUUGGAAUGAUCCAGUCCAUCUAUGAGCUCCACCUUGACAUCUUCUCCUCUGUUGAUGGAAUGAGCAGCGAAAUUGACCGGGAAAAAAAGCUUGCUCAAAGCGACCGUCUUGGUAGGUGGGGAAUGCUCUCACGUUCAUGCCUGGAGUAUUUCAUACAGAACUGUCCAUCCGAAGAAUGCCGACAAAACGUAUGUCUUCGUCAUCUGUGGACGUCGGUGUUCCACCUCAAUCUCGCAGGCGAGGCUCAACGUGAACACAUUUUGCUCUGCCUUCAAGAUUUGAAGCACAUACUCCAGUCACUCAAUAAUACCAGCAUCAACCUUGUGAACAACUCUGCCAUGUCCGAAAUAUCCUCCGAGACGAUAGACCAAGAGGUAUUGAAACUGAAGUGCAUGGACUUCUUCGCUAAGGUGUUUAACCCUGAUGACGAGGACCCAGUCUCACUCAUUGAAGCGAUUGAGCCAAUCCUGGAACCUUCGUCAAUCGAGUACCCCGAUGGUAUUCCCAAAUCGAACGACCUCAACGACCCAUCUUCCCAUGCGAGUGAGAUGGCCUCUUUCCUUGACCGUGGAGAUGCUACUUUGCGACUGUUUCUAUGGCGCAGACUCCAGGAAGCGUAUCAGUCCAUCGACUAUCCGCCCAAAGUCGUUUCUUGUUACCUGCGCAGCAUAGAGACAAUAAUGACUGAACUCGAAGACGUUAAGCACGUCGAAGAAACUAGCAGUCAUCGACAAGUUACUUUGCUGAGCUGGCUCAAGUCGCUAGAUGGAAUAAUCACGAACGCUAUCCUUCUCAUAUCGCAGCACUCCGAGGAAGCCUACGAAUGUAUCGAUAUGGAUCAUUUGCAAGCAUCUAUGUCUGCAGUAGCUCGGCUGAUCAGAAUUCUCCAGGGCUUCGUUCUCUAUGAAGAUUCUGUGCGGGUGGGCCAAAUUUCCGGGCGCGAUCUCAAAUCGACACUCGCUAAAUCGCUGGAAAACUUCAAAGAGAGAAUGCGAGAAUUAUAUGUCCGCUGCUGGGUUCUGCUGUAUACCAUGUUCUUAGAAGCGAUUUCUCAGAACAAGGAUAUGUUCCCUGAUUCAGCGGAAGAUCGUAUCCAUGUACUUCGAAGCGUGCACAAUGCUCUCGGGGUUCGCUCAUUAUGCAGGUACUCACAGAAACGUUUCUUGAAGCUCUUGAAAUCAGAAUUGCUUGCGCUUGAGACCAAGGGCGACUAUGAAUUUGAUAUCUGUCAAGUUCUUUUUGACCUCCAUGGAAUCAGGUUCUCCCCUGCAGACGGGGCGGCGGACCAUGGAUGCCCAGCUGAGAAAUUAGACCGACCAACGGCCAUCAUGAUGAUCGACUUCGUGAUGAGACAAGCUCAGAAGAUGAAUAUGAAAGAUCUUUCAAAGUCUGAGCUCAAGACUACAGUCGAAAAAAUGCAACAAGCGAUCGGACCCGCGAAACCCUCCUCUCAGUCACCCCAGAUGACUUUCAACCGCCGCCUUUUCAAUAAUUACAUGAAGGCACCUAUCAAUCCAUCAAAUCUUCUUCGAGCUGUCCAAGGAGUAACAGAACUUGCCCUGGUACCCGUGCCUGGCGAGAAUGCUCAAAUCGCUAUCAAAGGCUGGUAUUUCCUCCUCGGCCAUGCCGCCCUCACGAAAUUUCGUUCUCAAAAACGCCUCAGUCCCGGCUCAACUGCGGAGUUGGAUGAUGCGAUCAAUUUCUUCAGGCAGGACCUAGAUCACGGAUCAGGAAGGUGGGAGACAUGGUAUCGACUGGCACAAGCAUAUGACACCCAGUUGGAAGAAGACAUUACGUGGGCUGCAGAUAAGAUCAACAACAACCGCAGUGAUUUGGCAGCUACUCAGCGAUAUGCUAUUCACUGCUACUGCAUGGCUGUGUCAGUGGCGAUCAGAACUGCCGAGCCAACAGUGGAAACACGUAUGUUGCUCUCUGAACUGUACACGGAUUUUGGUAUUCGCAUGUAUGCUUCUUCGAGAGAACCUUUAUCCAUGGGUGCUUUCGGAUUAUCGGAAUUUUCGCGACACUUCAGCAGCGAGGAAAGUCAGCAGAUGUACAAAGCCCAACCUUUUAAGGAAAUGUCGCUUUACUCUGUCUGGAACUUCGCUAGUAAUCUGCUCAGGCGAGCAGUAAAUGACAAGCCUCGGCGCUGGCUGGCCAAUUACUUCCUCGGAAAAUGCCUCUGGAAAAUGUUUAGCUGCGAUGAUUCCAUGCGGACGACUCGGAGGAAGGUCGAAAUGCAUGAUGUGAUAGAUGCGCUGCUUGAUUCGAUCGCAGCCCUGCCACAACGAAAGGAUUCAAGGGCAGACCCUAUAUUCGAACCUCAUUUCAAACUCUUGUCCGUGGUCCAUAAGCUUGUUGUCCGGGGCAAUAUGACUCCUGUCGAGGCGACUAAAACCCUCGCUGUCUCACCUUGGGCUCGUAAAGUCGAUGCUCCCCAAAAUAUUGAAGGCUGGAGAUCGUAUAUGCUCGAAGUCAUCAAACGGUUCAAGAGUGCCGACAAAUCGAAUUGGCAUCACCGGAUGAGUGCAAAGGCUGCCCAUGUAAUUUAUGACGACCAGAAGAAUGCCACAGCGGCGGUCGCAGCCAAGCACGAAAUGUCCCAAAUCUUCACCAAGACGCUCACUAUUCAGGUUUGGCGGCCGGAAUUCGAACGUCCAGGGCGACAUUUCGUAUACACGACGCGCUAUGUUUAUUUCUUCGUCAGCCUUUUGGAUCAACUUGACGAUCGCGCUAGUCUGGAUCAGCUUUUGCGUCGAGUCAGGAAGAAGCAAGGCGAUUUCAUCAACCACACCAAAUUGUGGGAAGAUGUUUGUUUGACUUAUGCAAAGAUGAUUCGCAGGGCCGCAAGUAUCAGCGAAGGCCACGAGGAGGGCGUGUUCCGGCCAAUUGGUUGGGAGGAGUUUUCAUCGAAGACUGCCCGGCUUGAAGGCCUGGGCAAGCUCUCUGACGAAACCACGCCAGUUCUUGAACUGAUGCGAGAUUCCUUGGAGCUCAAAAAGCUCAACAAUAACCUGAUGAAGGUCACCAUGUUUGAGGAUCUUGUUGCGGACCUGUAUGCCCGUAUUUAUCAACUCAACAUGCCCCAGCUUAUCGAGCAAGUCAAUGAAGAAAAUAAAGAAAAGAUGAAGGUCGAUCAUCUUCUCAUGGCAGGCGAAGGAACAACAGAGACCUCAACCCCCGCAACCCCCGUCCCGGCUUCUGAUACCCCUGCGCCUCGUGGUCGCACCAAGGGCAUUGCUCGUCGCGACAUACAGAAACGAGCGGAUAUGAUUGUCAACCUGAAGCUUGGUCCGCGCACUGCUACAACCAAGUUCGCUGCUACCACGGACGCGGAACAAGCACCAGCAACACCACGUGGGCUUAACGCAGCUAAUGUCUCUGGCUCUACAUCCACCCCCCAGGACCUUAGCAAACAAGGUCCUACUACAGGUGAUGACGCGAAUGCCGAGAAGGAAAACAUCGGCAGCGCUCAUGACAGCGGCAAUGAAAGUGACGCGGAUGAAACAGACGAUGUGAAAACGAACAAACCUCCAAAGGAUCACAGUGCCCUGACUGGUCUAAGAAAGAAUGAGUUGGGCGACGUUGAAACCGAGAACGAGGACGAUGCUGGCAGUGAUGGGGAAGGUGAAGGUGAAGGCGAAGAGGAAGAGGAGGAAGGCGAUGAGGAUGAGGGCGAGGGCGAAGGUGAAGGGGAUAUCGGGACAACAGAGCUUGAAACCGGCGGAGAAGAAGCACAGGAUGUCGAUAACACAGUCGACGAGGACAUGCAGGAUGAAGACGGCGAAGAUCAUACUAUCGACGAAAGCAAAAUCUUGGACGGUGAGAAUGAUGAGUCUACCCAGGCCACCGAUUAUGAGCGCGAAGGAUCGGCCACAACGAUCAAGAACGAGGAAGCCGAGAAAGACACCGGCAUGGAUACCACCCCUGCAUGA